UAAAAACCGCAGGCGGCUUGAUCUCUGUGACAUUGAAGUUGCGAUUGAAAAUCGAAAGCUGUUAACCACAUGUUAUCUGGGUUAUUGCGGCAAGGCGUCCAACGACCACGGUUCAUCCAAAAUCUCGGCGCAGAGCUUUUUCUUGGGGCACCUGUACUAUACUCUCAACUUAGCAAGAUGGAUGACAUUGCUCUGGAUGCGGCAAAGAAAACGGCGGCCCGUACAGCGGUCGAUCAAUGGGUCACUGAGGAUACGAAGAUUCUGGGGAUCGGUAGUGGCUCCACCGUGAUCUAUGCCGUCCAGCGGAUCGCUGAGCGUGUGUGGAAAGAGGGGGAACUAACGGAUCUCAUUUGCGUGCCAUCAUCCUAUCAGGCACGUCACUUAAUCCUCGACUACAACCUGAAUUUGGGCGAUCUGGAUAGGAAUCCCAAUAUAGACGUAGCCAUUGAUGGAGCAGACGAGGUCGACCGGCACAUGGUUCUUAUUAAGGGUGGUGGUGGCUGCCUGCUGCAGGAGAAGGUCGUGGCCUCCUGUGCCAAACACUUCAUCGUUGUGGCCGACUACACAAAGAACUCCAUCCGUUUGGGUGAACAGUGGUGCCGAGGUGUUCCUAUCGAGGUGGCCCCCAUGGCCUAUGUGCCCAUCAAGCUGCAUAUUGAGGCACUGUUCGGUGGAGAGGCCUCCCUGCGUAUGGCCAAGGUGAAGGCGGGGCCCAUUGUGACGGACAAUGGAAACUUCCUGCUGGACUGGAAGUUUAUUGCCAACAGGGAGUACGACUGGAAUGAGGUAAAUCGAGCCAUCACCUUGAUUCCGGGAGUUCUGGAGACGGGACUGUUUGUCAAUAUGGCCCACAAGUGCUACUACGGAAUGGCCGAUGGAACUGUCAAGGUCCAGAACAAGUAGAUAUCGACGCUUUUGCAUAAAGUUUUCUUGAAUAAAGUUGGAGGGGGCAUUGUUGAGCUUCUUUUUGCAUUUA